AUGUUACCGUCUUACACUCUCCUGGCCCUGGGCCUUGCACUUUUCUCCUCGCCUGUAGGAUCUACCAGCAUAUCCAAACCAAGGCAACAACAACAGGGUACUUAUCCCACCACCACUAUCUAUGAGUUCAGCAACCCGACUUGGCUUGAAAACGUCGCAAUUCGUCACAAUGGCCAGAUCCUCGCAGCUUCAAUCAGUACACCGGCGCUGGUUCAAAUUGAUCCCAAAAAACUGCUCCAACCGAUCACCGUCGCUACCAUCCCAGAUGCAACGAGUAUUCUUGGUAUCGUGGAGUUAGACCCAGACAUCUUUUAUGUCAUCGCUGGAAACUUGAGCGCUGUCACCGCUGGCCGCCUUGUUUUUCCAUCCAAAAUUUGGAAAGUUGACCUCACACCUCUCCGUACAACCACCCAAGGAACUGUGUCUCGACCUUCCGAGCUCAAACUCGUCGCCGACCUAUCAAACACUACAUUUCUCAAUACAUUGACCAAGAUUAGUCCCAAGGACAACUCAGCCAUUCUGAUUUCCGAUUCCGGCGCAGAUCACUUACUCCGACUCGAUGUUAAAACUGGCAUUUCUACCGUGGUCAUCAGCGACGCAACAACUCGAUCUACGAGACAAAGUGUAGCGGGGGUGACAGGCAUACAUACCUACGGCGGAGAGUUAUUCUACGCCAACUUCGCCGAGCAACAGUUCUUCAAGGUUCCCAUUUCACCUAAGGACAAGCCAAUAGGGCCAUCUACGCUCAUCACCAACGGAACCCUCAUCGAAGAUUUCAUUCUGUCCCGAGACGGAAAGAGAGCCUUCGCAGCAACCAACCCUCAAAAUUCGCUAAUAGAAAUCGACAUCUCUAGCAAAAAGUUCCGAACUGUGCUUCAUGCCCUCAAUGCGACAGCUGCUGCCUUGGGACGUACCCGUGCUGAUCACAACGGCUUAUAUGUUGUGAAUGGUGGAGGACUCAACUUUCCAUUGAACGUUCCUGGAGUCGGUGGAGGACAAGUCAUCCGUGUCGAUCUCUGA